GCGCCAUUGCGUAGUAAUAGGCGCUCCAGCACAGUCAUCCAAGCCCAUCAGACUUUGCGCUAAUCUGGAAUCACACUUCUGGACAUUUGUCAGGCCUUGAAGGGUGUCUUUUUUCUGCUUUGGGCAAAGCGAUGCGAGAAGCCCAUUGCCGGCUCGAGCAAUUGCUGUCGUUAUCACCAACGCAACGCCCCUCAGCCCUCGGAGGCGCUGCACAGCAUAGGCACCCCGAAAGCCAAUCAAUGCAAAUUGAACUUGAAUUAAUUAAGGUCAGGCCAGGUCUCAGCCUCUGGCAUUCCCGUGAUCUGGCCUCUUGGCGUCGCAGCCUUAGGGGCUGCCAGGUCAGCAUGACCCCAGGUUUUGCAUCCCGCUGCGCGCAUUCUGUCCAGAUGCGGAUGUCAAUCUCGGGAACCCGAGCCCGCAGCUGUCGAUUCCCACGUAAUGUCUCGCGAGCCCCAGACGCCGCGUUGCGCUUGCGUCUCCCUGCUUCAGCUAAUGGUGCCAAAAAGAUCGCCAUUCAUCUCGCUUCAGGGUCCAUGUCCGUAAUACUGGUUGCCCGCAACAGCGUCUUACCUUUCGGAACCCGUCGCUGUCAAUGUUGAGACAAGAGGCGGGAAGACUCUGCUAGUACUGCUAUUAUUAGGCUGUCAAUUGAACUCGAACGAUGCUGCGGAACUCCGAGAUUGUCUCGUUCUGCCUGUUGUAGGCAACUACAUAGACGCCAUGAAACUAACGGCUAUUCUAUGUAGUAUGUCCUAAGUCCGCAAGCCUAUACAGUACCACGCGGGUA